AUGCUAUUUUUGCUCCAUGUUGUUAUUCUGUUAGAAAUCAAAGCAUCCUGGCUGAUGGAAGGCGUUUCAGUUGGUGCCGUCUGCCAGAAAGGUUGUUUUCCAUGUGGAAAUCAUACAACAUGCCUCCCGCAGGCAUUUCAUUACAAUGGCGUAAAUGACUGUGGGAAUGGUGCAGAUGAAGAAAACUGUGGAGAUAAUAGUGGAUGGGCAAGUAUCUUUGAUAUGGUUCAUGGAAAGCCUAAUUAACUGGAUUUAGCAGAAGAAUGCUGUCUCCACCAAUACCCAGAAGGUUGCAGCUGCAUGGAAACAGAACUAGAAUGUGCUGCUGUUAAUUUAAAGUCUGUUCCACUUGUUUCAAGUCACGUAACCCUCCUGGCACUUAAACACAACCAGAUCCAUUUUCUUCCACAUGAAGUUUUCAGCAAGUAUACAGAAGUGAAGAAAAUAUUUCUACAACAUAAUUGCAUUCAAACAAUAUCAAGGAAAGCAUUCUUUGGACUAUGCAAACUUCAGAAGUUGUGGCUCAGUCAUAAUUGUAUUACUAGUUUGAAACCUGGGCUAUUCAGAGAUCUAUACAAAUUGAAAUGGCUAAUUCUAGAUCAUAACCCAAUAGUAAAAAUUUCAAAGAAGCUAUUUACUGGGCUAAAGUAUUUGUCAAUGACAAACAAUUCACUUGAAUCUCUUCCCAAGAAAAUCUGUACUCAAAUGCCUCUUAUUAACUGGAUGGAUUUUGAAGGCAACUGUAUUAACGCCUUAACUAAUACCAUUUACCUGGAAUGUGAUGUGCUCACUGUAUUGUUUCUUCAUGAAAAUCAAAUUCACUUGGUGCCUGCAAAUACCUUUUCCUCAUUAAAAGAUUUGGGUGAACUGGAUCUGUCCAGCAACUUGAUUACAGAAUUACUGCAUUACGUUUUUAAAGACCUGAAGUAUUUACAAAAGCUGAAAAGUUAUAAAUGAGACAAUCUGUCUUUCAAUCUAGUCUCUCACCUCUGUGAGAAUCAACUGAAAAAUCUUCAGCAACUUCACUCAUUAGACCUGGAAAUGAUUGAGAUUCCAAAUAUAAAUACAAGAAUGUUUCAAGAUAUGAAGACUCUCUCCAACAUCUACUUCAAAAGGUUUCGGAAGCACUCCUAUGCUCUCCAUGUGCAAAUAUGCACACCAUUAAUGGACGGGAUUUCAUCAUUUGAGGACCUCUUAGCUAACAAUGUUCUGAGAGUUCUGAUUUGUGUGGGUCAUAGAUUGUGUUUCGUGUUUGGAAAUCUUUUUAUUAUUGUAAUGAGAUCAUUUAUCAAAGCAGAAAACAAGACGCACACCUUGUCUAUAAAAAUUGUAUGUUGUAAGUGCUGUCUAAUGGUGGUGUAUUUGUUAUUCGGUGGAGUUUUUUAUAUUAAAUACCAUGAACAGUAUAAAAAAUAUGCUGUGCUGUGGAUGGAAAGUUUACCGUGUCAUAUCAUGGAGUUCAUCUCCAUGCUAUCUACAGAGGUUUCUGUCCCAUUGUUGACAUAUAUGUCCUUGAAAAAGAAUUUAGUGAUUGCCUUUGCCUUCAGUAAUAUCCGUCCUGGAAAGCCGCAGAUAACAGUGAUUCUUAUAUCUAUAUGGAUUGCUGGAUUUUUCAUAGCAAUAAUCCCAUUUUGGGAUGAGAACUUUUUUGGAAAGUAUUAUGGAAAAAACAGCGUUUGUUACCCAUUGAAUUCUGGGUAUUCUGUUGGUAUUUUUCUUAGUGUGAACCUGCUAGCCUUCAUCAUAAUAGUGUUUUCAUAUGUCAGCAUGUUUUGUUCCAUUCAAAAAACUGCCCUUCAGACAUCGGAAGUAAGGAUUCAUAUCUGCAGGGAUGCUGCUGUUGCCAAUGUUUUUUUUUGAAUAGUAUUCACUGAUGCCAUCUGCUGGAUUCCUGUCUUUGUCAUUAAAAUCCUCUCCUUAUUGCAGGUGGAAAUCCUAAACACUAUCACUUCCUGGAUAGUGAUAUUUGUUCUGCCAAUAAACAGUGCCUUGAACCCCAUUCUCUGCACUCUCAGAACUACUUUCUUUAAGGAGAAGUUAAAGCAGUCGCUGGACAGACAUUGAAGGAAAGUAGUUUUCAAAAAUACAAAAAAAUCCUUGGCCACUUUGCCCAUGUGGACAGACAAUUCCCUCACCCACAGCUCUUCAGUUAAGACGCCAUCCCACUUGGCCUCAACGUUGCCCGGAGCCUCCUGGGUUCGGCAUUUACCUGGUAAUGGCAGAGUAGGACUUCAAGCAGGUACAGCAGCUUGCAGGUUCGUAAUGGUGGUUUUUGGCUAA